AUGAAGGCAGAACUUGGGAGUUCGCUUCCACCAGGAGAUAAGCAUGCAAGUCCAACUUGCCCCCACCCUCGAGAUGAAUUAACAGGAUUGAAGGCAGUCAGUGUUUACAUACCAACGUGGAAAGAUACGUUGGCUUGGGCGAGGCGAGAUCCAGAAUUGAUAUCACAGCUAAAGACCGGCUACCCUCGAUUCUUCGUACCGCUUGUCGUCGGCCAGCUCUCAGAAAAGUUACUACAAUGGCCCUCCUGCGAAUCAACCCCGGAUAAGCUCCCGUCCGAGUUGAGAGCUUUAUUAGCCGCUCCUGGACGGUCAGCGAUGCUUCUGCCAGCAGGCCAUUACGCGAACAUGUGUCAGAAAUAUCUCAACGCCCAAAACAAGGGAGCCGUAUUUGCCUUGCAAGCCGAUUUCAACAAAGGAGUCUACCUUGCAGAGACUCUAUACAAGAAGUGCUCUCCUGACGAGAUUUAUGCAGUCGUAUAUCCUCGAGAACUGGCUGCGGAAGCUAAAGCAUUUUGGCAGCAUACCGGUUUUGGAGUCUCGAGCCGACGAGCGACACACUGGCUGGAAAGCGCCCCGUUCUUGAACCGGGAUAAUAAAUCACCUACAUGCCGUCUCCAAAGCGACGAGGCUGCAGAUGCUAAAGUUCGGGUACAAAAACGAAUAGCCCGCUUGUUCAGCACAGAGACUAACAACCUGGAUGCGGAUGAUAUUUUCUUGUACCCAAGUGGCAUGUCAUCAAUAAGCCAUACUGCUGACACCAUUGUACAUAUGAAAACCGAUAAAAAGAGGACUGUCGCAAUUUUCGGAUUCCUCUAUGUUGACACUUUCAAAGUCCUUAGCAAGAUCUACGGGUUCGACUGCAAGCUCUACGGUGCUACGCCGUCCGACCUGGAUGCACUUGAAGCCGAUCUAGCUGGAGAACUACAGCUGAGUGCUCUCUUCACCGAGUUCCCAGGCAACCCUCUUCUCGGCUCAGUAGAUCUCGAGCGUCUAAAGAAGCUCGCUAUCGACUAUGAGUUUUUAUUCGUAGUGGAUGAUACCGUCGCUACAUCAGUCAAUGUCGAGCUCAUAUCGUACUGCGACGUCGUAUGCACAAGCCUGACAAAGAUGUUCAGCGGUAGCUGCAAUGUUAUGGGUGGAAGCAUAGCGCUUAACCCCCAAUCCAGACUUUUCUCAGUCAUGAAGCGGCUUCUAAAAGACGGAUUUGUCGAUACAUACUUCUCCCCAGACGCAAUAGUGAUGGAGAAGAACAGCGCGGAUUUUCAAGAGCGAGUCAUUACUGCAAGCGAAAACGCAGAGCGGACAGCAGCAAUGCUUCGAAACCAUGAAUCGGUCGAACAAGUCUACUAUCCGAAGGGCAACCCGACACAGGACAUCUACGAAAAAUACAAGCGACCAGAGAGGGGCUACGGAUAUCUUCUUUCCAUUCGUUUCAGGACUCCAGAAGCUGCUAUAGCGUUCCACGAUGCGCUGAAUGUGGCCAAGGGUCCAAGUCUAGGAACCAACUUCACUCUCUGCUGUGCGUAUACGCUUUUCGCACACUUUUCUGAGCUUGAUUGGGCAGCAAAGUAUGGAGUAGUCGAGCACUUGGUUCGGGUCAGCGUCGGUAUCGAAAGUCAAGAGACUUUGGACGAACUUGUUAGGACAGCAUUGAGUGCAGCGUCACAGGCGAAACAGGAGUAUGGUUACAUCGGUGGUAAACUGUGA